AUGCACGACACAGAUGAGGACGCAGGUCAGUCGCUUGCUGCGGCCUCGCAGAGCUGGAACUGGCACGAUCUGUCUCAGAAGAACGGCGAGUCCAUUGACGGCAAGUCGAGCAGCACCCGCUGCGUCAGCGUUGGCCAGCAACACGGCACGACGAAGCCGCCGUCGAUGCUGCUCCACCGCCCAGCGACUACGACACAACUAACGCCCACGGUCAAGACAAUACGUACCGAUCGUGAAAAACCUGUCAAAAUGGAUACAGAAGCGCUGGACGAGUUUUCCCAGCUGCGGAUCGCGGACCGCACGAUCUCGACCGAGUUGUUGCGUCAAGAAAUGGACGGGCGCACGUUCAUUAAGCUGCAGGACAUGGAUCGUGUCUCGAAGGACACGUUUACGAACGGAGCAGUUGACUGGGUGACCAUUGGUGUGUUGACACGGAAAACGCUGUCAAAGCCAGCAGCUAAUGGGUCUACGUUCAUGGUGUGGGGCAUAUCGGACCUCAACGGGACUGAGCUGGGGAUCUUUUUGUUCGGAGACGCCUAUGCUCGUCACUGGAAGGAGACGACGGGCUCGGUUGUUGCUGUGCUUAAUGCCGCACUGCUGCCUGCUACCGAGAAGAACAAGUUUGCAUUCAAGGUCACGCAGUCAGCAGAGGUGGUGAAGCUAGGCAGGGCAGUGGACUUUGGCAUUUGCAAGGGAACGACCUCGGGCGAAGCUCGCUGUCGGCUUGCAGUCAACACGUCAAAGGCACAAUAUUGCUUGCACCACAUUGCUGCAAAUUUCAUGCAGGCAGGACGUGGACGUCAGCAGCUGAAUAACUCGGCGGGUAGUUUGCGCAAGACACUCUUUGCGGGCACUGCAAACACGAAAAACUUGUCGGCCGGCGUGUACACGUCAGCCUCGUCGAACGCUGGCACUUCGGGAUGGAAGCCAGCGUUUACAACGAAACGCAAGCGCAGUGAUGGUGCAGUUCUGGGCGUACCCACUGUGCUGGCUGCUUCGGGUGCUGUUCUGCAACGAGGCAGAAAAGAUCUGGCACAGUUGUCGAGUGCUCGCGGCGCCCCUGAGAAAAGACGACGUGGCACUGUGAGUCUCAUGGACCAGCUACGAGAACCCGCCGCUGCGUCUAUGAACCCUGCGCCGCAACGUGUAGGCGCAGGAUCAGCAAAUGUGGCCCAACCUUCCGGUCGAGCACAGAAGAUUUUGUCGGCGGUGCUUGCAAAAAAUGAAAACCAGCUCCGGCAACCAAAGAAGAAGAAGGUGGACAUGAUUCACUUCAUGAGAACUGGGUCCCAAGUCAGAAAAUGA